AUGCCUUCUCCCAACUUAAUCUCACCGUCUCUCAUGAUUCAGAGACUACCUUCACUAAGAACAACGGCCUUCAAGUCAACUAUCCUGACGCGACGACCCAUUCCUCGCUUUACGAAGUCUUUCAACCACCAGAGCCUCCACAAGUUUUCAACCUCUGCCACCGUCAUGAAUUCAAACGAGCUGGUCCACUACCUCGCCGACAAGCCCCCCUCGGUGGUUAGGCUCGAGAUUGAGAAGCACUUUGAUGCCCUGAAUGACAAGCAGAAGCGUUACGCUCACUUUAUCAGCAAAGCUGCUUUUGCUGGCACCAGAAUUGUCCUUCGACAGAUCUCCCCUGAGUCUGAGCCAAUAUUUGACUUGAUUUUGACUCUCCACAAGUCUGCCAACGGCGAUUGGACUGCCCUAGCAAAGAAGGCUGGCGUCGAAGAAGAUGAGCUUGCCCGGUUCCUCGAGUACGCUGCUAUGUUCCUUGGCAACAAUGGCAACUACAAGAGCUUCGGCGACUCCAAGUUCAUUCCCCGGUGCUCGGAGAAGACCGUGGCUGCUCUCGCUUCCACCUCACCCGAGGCCAACAAGUUUUACGAGGCGACAAACGGAGGCAUCUUUAGCUCUAGUAACCCCGCCAUGAUGCACCUUGGCUAUCCAGACGACGGGCACAUGACUACUUACUACCCCGAAUCUUCGCACAUUACGAAGGACGAAAUCAAGGCUGUUUCUGACUGGAUGGAGUCCAAGGGUCUUUUGCCCGAGAACAACCGACUUCGCAAGACCUCAGAGGGUAACUACGAGAUACUGAUCGCUUCAGCUGUCAAGGAAAUCCCCAGUGAAGGAGGUGAUAUUGGCAAGCAGACCGAGUUUACCGUGGAGGAUGGACCUCUCAAGAGCAAAACAAUCCAGCUGGUCUACGGCGACUAUGCUGAGGAGAUGAAGAACAUCACAGCUUUCAUCAACGGCGCUGCCGAGAAUGCGGAGAACGAUACUCAGAAGAAGAUGCACGAGGCUUACAGCAAGUCCUUUGAGUCCGGCUCACUGGAGGCCUUCAAGGAUAGUCAAAGAUACUGGAUCAAGGACAAGGGUCCUAUGGUUGAGUCUAACAUUGGCUUCAUCGAGACCUAUCGAGACCCUGCUGGUAUUCGUGGAGAGUGGGAAGGCUUUGCCUCUAUGGUCAACCUUGAGCGAACUCGCGCAUUUGGAGAGCUUGUGAAGAACGCCCCCAAGCUCAUUCCUCUACUGCCUUGGGGCUCGGAGUUUGAGAAGGAUAAGUUCCUGUCUCCCGACUUCACAUCCCUCGAGGUUCUUACCUUUGCUGGUUCUGGUAUUCCUGCUGGUAUCAACAUCCCCAACUACGAUGAUAUCCGUCAGACUGAGGGUUUUAAGAAUGUGUCACUGGGGAAUGUUCUCAGUGCCAAGGCCCCGGAUGAGAAGAUUCCUUUUAUUCGCGACGAAGAUCUUGAGGUCUACAAGAAGCAGCGAGAUGCUUCCUUUGAAGUUCAGGUUGGCCUCCACGAACUUACUGGCCAUGGUUGCGGUAAACUUCUCCAAGAAACAUCCCCAGGCACCUACAACUUUGACAAGGAGAAACCUCCCGUCAGCCCUGUGGAUAACAAGCCUAUCACAACCUGGUACAAGCCCGGGCAGACUUGGGGUUCCGUCUUUGGUAGCAUUGCUGCCUCGUACGAGGAGUGCCGUGCCGAGCUUGUUGCUAUGCAUCUGAGCUGCGAGUUUCCCGUUCUCAAGAUUUUCGGAUUUGGUGAUGGUUCCGAGGAUAUCAAUGGCGAAGCUGGUGAUGUGCUUUUCGCCUCCUACCUAUCCAUGGCUCGAGCUGGACUUGCUUCCCUUGAGAUGUGGGAUCCCAAGAGCCAGAAAUGGGGCCAGGCUCAUAGCCAAGCUCGCUUCUCCAUCCUCAAGUGCUUCCUUGAGGCGGAGGACGAUUUCUGCAAGCUUGAUUACAAACAGGAUGAUCUUUCCGAUUUGACCAUCAAGUUGGAUCGCUCCAAGAUCCUAACAGCUGGUCGAGAUGCUGUUGCCAAGUAUCUCCAGAAGCUGCACAUUUACAAAUCUACCGCUGAUGUUAAGACUGGUACUGACUUUUACAUGCACAUGACAACGGUUGACACCGAAUUCUGGGGCAAGAAAGUCCGUGACAUUGUUCUCAAGAACAAGCAGCCUCGUAAGGUCUUCGUCCAGGCCAAUACCUCUCUGGAUGAGGCAUCUGGAAAGGUUUCGAUCAAGCACUACGAAGCCUCGUUGACUGGCAUGAUUGAGAGCUGGGUAGAGCGCAACUUGUAA